UACCUUGUAGGGUGAAUGUUUGGUGUUUCAGAUCUUUCAGAUGUUGUUAUUUGCAUAGUACAUUAAAAUGAGUUAAUUUCGCCAGUUGUCUGUAUUGUUUAUGAAAUGUAGCUGUGAGAUAUCGAGAAAUGGUUUGAUUUGUUUGAGUUCAAUUUUUCUUGCAGGCAAGAAUGUCAUUAUAUUUCGACUCAAAGGUGCAGAGUCCAGAUCUUGGGUGUAUCAAUAUCAACUUGGAAUGGCAUGAAACUCAUCCUCUUCUAGCAGUUUCAUCCUACAGUCAGGACAGAGGUGGCUUUGUCACCAUUUAUGACGAACUGGGAGAGCCCUUGCCAGAUGUCCUGUGGCCACAGCACCCAGUUGCCCAAGUGACUGCACUGGCAUGGCAUCCAACAAAGAAACUUCUUGUAACAGGCUGGGAGAAUGGGGAAUUGCGAGUCUGGGCAGGAGAUCCAGAGUUCAUAUCGGUGCAGUCUGUUCAUCAGACACCAAUUACAAUACUACAGUGGAGUACCCUUGGUGGACGCCUUGUGUCAGGAGAUGCAGCUGGAUCGCUUGUUGGUUCAAAGGUGGAUUCCCGUGGCCAUAUCCUGACAGUCUUCCACCAUGAGCUAAAGGAACCGCUAACACACAUUGCAUUCCGACAGAAUGCAAAGCACACAACUCAGGGGUUAGACAUGAAUGGACUGGCGAAAGCAGCUGUGGCUGGAGAUGAACUGGCACUAGAUCUCUUCAGUGGGUGGCGACCUCGAACAGCAGGCCAGAGGUUCUCCCUUCACUCGGGGCAAGGUGACAACUUGUGUUUCUACAUUGGUGCCAUAUCAGGUGGUUUGUUCUACUUCACAGAAGAAGGAACAUGUACAGAAGUAUUAAAUACAGAAGGUGUGCCACUGAAGAAAAUUCUAUACCAUGAGCACAAAGAUGACUUAAUUGUUAUGACUGAGGAUCUUAAUGUUGGUCAGUUCCAGGUGAACCACAGUGGAAAAGUGACAGAAACAAUGAAGGUUAAGCUAACUGGGAGGUCACAGGAUGCCUCAAUGGUUUGGGCAGGUCCUGGAUUGUUGGCUGUAAUUACUGGUGAUCUCUCUGUUCGCUUCUGGGAUCUGGACACAGGCGAGAGUUAUUUGUUGGAUGCUGAACCUGUCAACUCAGCACUUGCUGCCUCUGAUUCAUCUGCUGGGGCUUCUAACUUACCUACUGAAGUCUUUACAAGCCUGUCUUUCUGUGCACAAAAAGGUAUACUAUCAGCAGGCACAAAUGUUGGUUCCAUUGUCAUGUGGCGAUUUAUCGUGGGAGAUCUUAAUGGAGGAGAUGGUCUGAAAACGGGAAGAAGUAGAUCUCCUGUGUCAACUGAUCCAGCUCAAAACUGGCUCCGAGAACCACCUUGUAAUGUACGUGGGGCAGUGAAACACAUUGCAUGGAGUAGGUCACAUCCGCUUCUGGCCGUUAAUACCAUCACUUCUGUGUAUGUGCUGCGUGAACAAGAACUCUGUGCACAUUAUAGUAAGUUGGUUUCCGCAGUACAAGUGUCGCCAAGUCAGCUGGUGGUUGAAGUGGAACUGAAGGAAGAUAGAGGGAAAUGCCACACACUUGAGCUGAGUACAGAUCUGCAAGUGAAAGGAGUGGCUGUAACAACUGACCAUGUUGCUUUGUGGAGCAGCAAGACAUUGGUCGUGUAUCAGCUGAUCACUGAAGGACUGGUUGAAGAUGCAAGAAUUAUGAGUAAAACUGUAGGUUCAUUUUCCUGUGAAGUAGAAUCUGCCCUUAUACAUGACCAAAGUCUGCUAGUCCUUGAAGAAGACGGAAGUGCGAUUGAGGUGCGGACAUUCCAGGGCACAAUAAAACAGAUGCUUCCCACUAGUGACAUCGAGGGUCGACCAAUUGGCAUACAGCUCUGUGGAUCAUUCCUUACUGUGGCCACUGCUGCAGGCUGGAUAAAGAUAUGGGACCUCUCACGCAGGGAAGCUAAACAGCACUUGAGUCCAAAGAAUCUUGAAGAUGCCAUAGAUGAUUUUGGAGAGAUCAUCAUGGCAACUUGCAACAGCAAUGGAACGAAAGUCUCCAUAACAGUUGCCAAGUCAAACUUCUUGCCUGACCCAAAGCUGUUCCUGUGGGACAUUGAAUCAGACAAUCUGCAGUACUUCAACCUUGCGUCAGGAAAGCUAGACAUUCAUGAUGUUGAAGAUACAGAACAUCAUCCUGUAGAUGAAGAGCAGUUGGCAGCAAAUUCAACAGAUGAACAGUCAGUCGUUAUGCAUACUCCAAGAAUCUCAUCUGGGACAACAUCACAGGAUGUGUCUGGUAGGUUUGCCUUGUCACACCAGUGGGACGAGGAGGAGCCGAGGCUGCUUGUCUGUGAAGCCAAGCUUCUUCCAAGGUCAGGGAGCAGUAGAAUAAGUAUGCCUCAGCCUGAGCCCAAUUCUGGGAUGUUUUCAUCCAGAAGGGCUUCAUCUUCCACCAUGACAAUGAUUGUAGCAUCUGACUCCGAUGAUAACAGCAAGGGAGCCGAGGUUGUGUUGGUGACUUUCUUUGCAACCCCCGACUCUGAACAGUUGCUGCUUCAGGAUGUCACCUCUCUACAAUCUGGGAAACAUUCCCGCUUUCUUGCUGUCCAUACUCCAUACUAUGUCGUAUUGUGCAAACACUCUCAGCAGCAGGGCUCCAAGACAUUGUCUGGUAUAGUAGAAAGACUGAUAAUGAGAGAUUUUGAAGGUUUGCAGAACUGUGAUAAACCAACUCGUGAUGCUGUUCUAGACUUCAGCUACAAUUUAAGUAUUGGCAAUAUGGAUGAAGCAUUCAGAGCAAUCAAAACUAUACGGAGUGAGGCAGUCUGGGAAAGCCUGGCGCGCAUGUGUGUAAAGACUAAACGUUUGGAUGUUGCCUUUGUGUGCCUUGGGCAUAUGAAGCAUGCUCGGGGUGCCAUGGCUCUGCGGGAAGCCAUGAAGGAGCCAGAGCUGGAGGCUAGGGUAGCCAUGCUUGCUGUACAAUUGGGACUCCUUGAAGAGGCAGAGAGAUUGUAUACAUCCUGUGGACGCUGGGACUUGUUGAACCAAAUGUACCAGGCUGGCGGGGAAUGGGACCGAGCCAUAAGAAUUGCUGAAGAAAGAGAUCGCAUCCAUCUUCGUACAACAUACUUUAACAUCGCCUCCCACCUGGAGGCAAAAGGUGAUUUUAUGGGUGCAGCACAAAUGUAUGAGAAAGCAGAUGUCCAACAUACCCAAGUGCCCCGUAUGCUGCUAGAUGACCAACAAGCUCUUGAACAGUAUAUCCUCAAGUCCAAAGAUCCGCAGUUGGUAAAAUGGUGGGGCCAGUACAUGGAAAGCACUGGUAACAUGGAUCAAGCUGUUCAUUAUUAUGAAGAGGCCAAAGACUACUUUUCACUGGUGCGUGUACUCUGCUUCCAAGAGAACCUGGCUCGAGCUUCAGAGAUCGCUAGUGCCACUGGUGAUAGAGCAGCAUGUUAUCACCUGGCUCGUCAGUACGAAGCAAUGGGCAAGAUUAACGAAGCCGUCGACUUCUUUUCCAGGUCACAUGCUUAUGGAAAUGCUGUCAGACUCUGCAAGGAGCAAGGAAUGGAAUCGCAGCUGUGGAACAUGGCAUUGCUUGCUGGUCCUAGAGAACAGCUGGAGGCAGCACGAUACUUUGAGUCCUCUGAUAAAGCUCUGCAAGACAAAGCUGUCGUCCUAUACCAUCGGGCUGGCAUGCUGCACAAAGCUUUGGACCUGGCAUUCAAAACCCACCAGACUGAUGCUCUUCAGCACAUUGCAUUGAGCCUGGAUUCAAAAUCAGACCCUGCCAUAGUGCAGAAGUGUGCACAUUUCUUCGUAGAGAAUUGUCAGUAUGAGAAAGCUGUCAAUCUUCUUGCCAUAGGAAAGCAGUAUGUGGAGGCAUUAUCUUUGUGCGUUGAACACAAUAUACCGAUAACAGAGGAUCUGGCUGAGAAGCUGACAAUGAACAAAGGAGAAGGAGAUGAAGCAACCCGGGUUCAAGUCCUGGAGAAAGUAGCAGAAAGUGCAGUAGCUCAAGGCAAUUACCAUCUGGCCACCAAGAAGUUCACCCAAGCUGGUAAUAAGGUGGCAGCUAUGAAGGCAUUGCUGAAAUCGGGAGACACAGAGAAGAUCGUCUUCUUUGCCAAUGUAUCACGACAACGUGAGAUCUACGUCAUGGCUGCCAACUACCUUCAGUCACUCGACUGGCAGAAUCAACCAGAAGUACUCAAGAACAUCGUUGCUUUCUACACCAAAGGCCGUUCUCCAGAUCUUCUGGCAAAUUUCUAUGUGGCUUGUGCACAGGUGGAGGUGGAUGAAUAUCAGAACUACGAGAAAGCUCUUGGUGCCCUCAGCGAAGCUAGCCGAUGUUUGGCCAAGGUGACAACACCUCAUGACCCAGUACAACACCAAAGGGUCUUAGACAAUCUCAACACUCGCAUGGUCCUAGUCAAGAGAUUUGUUGAUAUCCGCAGGGUUGCUGAUAGAGGUGACCAGGAGACAGCUCUUUCCCAGUGUCGUCAAUUGUUACAACAUUCUGGUGACCUGGAUGCUGCUGGGAUACGAGUGGGUGAUGUUUAUGCUCUCAUGGUAGAGAGCCUGAUGGCGGGUGGAGACUUCCGAGGAGCUCAACAACUGGUGGAGGAAUUCCGACGUGUGGCAGGUCCAGGGAUCAAUCUUGCAUAUUAUUUGUCCUCAUCAACAUUAGGAAAACUGGCCCGUGAACUGGGCAUGCCCCUUUCGGGUUCAUUUGCAUCAGGAGAUAAGGUAAGAGCAGGACCUGUGAGACAAGACAGAGUGACUGACCAGGAUGAACCACUUGAUGAAGAAGUGGAGGUUGUAGAAGAAGAGGAGGUUUUAGAAAGAGAAACAAACUCUCCCACACUUGUGUUUAAAAAUGGGCAGGCAUAUGCCAUCUAGUUCAGAGUUACUGCCACUUGUGUACACCAAAGAAGGAUUGGGGAAGUCCACCGCAUGAUCAUUGCACCAAUAGAGUGUGUUUUGUCAUGAGUUGGAUCUUCUAUCCAGUCUAAGCAGAGUCUCAGCAUAACGUACAUCAUAGGAAUUUAAUUAUGUGCUUAUUCUUUUGUAUAAUGUGUUUGAAAAUUUGAUGUUCAUAGUUAAUACUUAUUUAUCUCCAUGCACCUUGAAGUUCUGAGAUGCCAUGCCUCAGUAAAGGUAUGUGGACCUCAAGGAUUCUUUACUAUUUCCACUUGUCUAGAAAGUACUGAUGUAAUUUUCCCAUUUCAUUUUGUUUUUGGGUAUGCCUGAUGAUUGGUUUGUCAGCAGUUUUCAAA